AACACCGGCAAACGGAACGGAACGGCACAAAACGGCACGGCGGCAUUCGAUGACAGACGUGCGAAGUUGAAGCAGCAACAAAAAAAAAACAGCAGCCCACCCAGCCACCCAGCCACCCAGCCAGCCAGCAGCUGAAGCUCCAACAUCCAGUAACCCAGCAGACGACAGAUCACAUCCAGCAAAAAUGGGAGGCUGCUGCUCUAAGGACUUGGAUGAUAAGCGCUCCUGGAGUCCCGAGGAGACCAAAAAUGGCAGCACCACAUCGACCAUCAUUGCCCAGCCCAUGGAUGAUGUGGGUACAACCGGAGUGUUUACCCUCACACGCACCACCACGACGAGCACACAGGAGAAAACGGUGACCACCACCAGCGAUGGUGACCAGGAUUAGCAUUAGCCAAUGGAUAACGGAUCCAUCUGCAACUACUAUGUGUAUAGACCCAACCCAAAGCGGAGCCAUAAUUAUUGUAUCCACAAUAACAUCAUAAUUAUUUUUUUUUAUACCAUUUUUUUUUGUACCAUUUUUGUGGUAUUUCAAUGCCAUGUGGGGACAAGUGUGUUUGCUCGAAAGAGAAAGAAUGAGUCGAGAAGUGGCGGCCUUUCCUCGAAAUGUAUGCGAUCGAGUGCGUGUUCGGGUGCGGGCUAUAGAGAGAUACAUAUGUAUGUAUCUAUUCGUAUGUAAAUAUUUAUGCCGAAUGUAUGCAUGCACAUAGCAGAGGGUAGACAGCCAUGUGAAUAUAUGAAUUAAGUGAAGCCGUUAAUUGUUAUACCAGAAUUGCAAUUUUAUACAAAAAAUAAAUUGUUGAAUCGCCAAAA